GUGUGAAUCAUGACAACCAGCGCGACUAGAAGAGUCGUCUGAGUCGGCCGUCUCCUCAGUUGUUCCCUGACCGUUGUGAGUGAAGGAUGUGCAACCCGGACUCUUACCGCCUGCCACCACCUUGCCCCGAUGCAAAACUUCUGUUCACCUCUUGAUUUUCAGCAAUUUCGUGCCCGUAGGAGGUCGAAGCGCGCCUUAUAUUGUCGUGGGAUUAUUUUUACGCGCCCUGAAAUGUUAAUACAGCCGGAAUUGGACCGCUGUUGGCGUUUUGAGUGAAUUUGGAAACUUUUUUGGGGGGUUUAUAGGCAGCAAGAAAAAGUUUGCCUCCAGCGGAAGUUCUUAGGGUUGUCUUGGAGAAGAGGUUAAUAAUCGGACUUUGUCGUCGUGAAUUAACAGGAGUAGUAUACGAGAGCGCAGAUCCUCAGUACUGAUUACCUCAAGAUCUUGGAGUCGGUUCUCCAGACAGACCGCGUGAUAUCCGGGAGUGAACCCAAUUUCAUGGGCAGACAGUACUUAUGAGAAUAUGAAGGAAUCCGUCUGAAAAUGAGGUCAAAAUAAGAUGAGCUGGCAUCCGUGAUCAGCCCACCAGCGUCCUCGAACAUCGUCACAUGCCGGGUCAGGAAUGAAGAAUUGAGAAUUUGGGAAUAUGUGACCCCCUGACGUGUGGACCUAAUAAUGGACGCUAUCAACCAACCAACUAAAGGCGCGAGUUAAAUAAUAAUGAUCUGUGAUCGUGGCGAACCUGAUCAUCCUUCUCCCUCUUGUUAUUGUUUUGCGUCCAGUGUCGUUCCUUGGAAAUCCGUUCGUUUAGUUUCCGAAGUUUUGAUGGAAUUCGUUUAAUUUUUCAGCGUCAGAAGCAUCUCGAUGAGAGCCGCGCAUCAGGGAUUAGGAUUAGGACCCGGUAGUGCUCCGUUCCUUCUGCCCCUGCCGAAAGAGAGGUGGAGAUUGUUGUCAUUCUCGAAAAGUUGAUCUCGUACCAAAAGUUGAUCCUCGGCGAAAGACGGACAUGUGAUCAGUGUUCCUCGGCGACCAUCAUGGUUACCUGAUGUUUGCGGGGCAGUGACCGUACCUAUAGAUCUCGCUUAGACGGACGCCAAAAUGAAGGAGAGAAAUUCAUCCGACGUCCUUGGACUGGACCAGUCUCCCGGUCAUGGCACCCUGUGGCACCAGCUUCUGGCGGACGUUUCGGAAGUCGAGGGACACAUUGUCAACAAGGCGGUGUCGAGGCGCGUCAAUUUGAAAAGGAAAGGCGUCAGGAAGAGAGGAGGAUGUCUUUGUGAUGUGCUUCAGGGGCGACAAGAGGGUGGGGAGAGUUAUGACAGUGGUGAUUCCUUGGAAGUUGUGUACUUGAAAAUUGUCUGUACGUUGACUGUUAUAGUGUACUCCAUGACUUCCUUAGUUUGUGCGUUUGUACGGCAUUGUUAUCGCGCUUCGCGUGAGUUAAUGCGAACUAUAGCGGGUAGUCUUGUGGCCGCUCACUGCGGAGGUGGGCAGAGUAGCUGUAAAUCAAAAUUUUCUACCAAGUCUCAUAGUGUGAUAUUAUCUUUAAUGUUCAUCUUGUUCGUUCCUGUGAUUGCCGAAGGGUUCUGUCCUAAAGACUGCGAAUGUGACGACGCAACUCUGUCCUUCAACUGUGACAAUGCCAGCCUUCAGGAUGUGCCCAUUUUGUUGAACCCUCAAGUGCAAACCUUACUUUUGACCCAAAAUAAGAUCAAGAAGCUCUCGGGCUCUCUCGUCUUUUAUACUGAGCUGAAGAAACUGGACAUAUCUCAGAAUGAGAUUGCAACGCUUGGAAGCAACAAUUUUGCAGCUCUGAAUAAACUGGAGGAAUUUCGUCUUAGCAAUAAUCUACUCACCACUUUGGAGAGUUCUUCCCUCAUAGGCCUAAUCAGUGUCAAGGUUCUAGUUUUCAACAACAAUUUGAUUUCUUCCAUUGAAGAUAGUGCUUUCAUGGGCCUUGAUAACUUGCAAGAACUUGAUCUUUCUAAAAAUAAGUUGAAAGUCUUGAAUGAAAAUAGUUUUAUAUCCCUUCCAAGUUUACAGACCCUUAACUUAAGUGGGAAUAGGUUAGGAAGCGUACCGAGCAUCGGACUCAAUAACUUGACGUCACUCCUGGAGCUUGACCUCAGUGACAAUCACGUCUCACAAGUGCCUGGCCAAGCCUUCAGUGGCAUCACAAAGCUAUCACGCCUAAUCCUUGAUAAGAACAACAUCAGUUACGUAGACCCUGGGGCGUUCGCAGGUCUCUCAGAGUUGGCUCAGCUCUCCCUAGCAGAUAACCGCCUUCUCCACGUUCCCUCCAUAGCCCUCAGUGGUUUUGCUGACCUGCGCUGCCUGGACAUGAGUGGUAACUUGUUUGAGACUCUCCCACAGGAUUGCUUCGCGGGGCUGUCUUCUCUGUCAUCUCUAACAGUGUCUCGAUGCCCAAGAUUAAGCUCCGUAAGCAGCGAGGCUUUCUUAAGCACUGGUGAACUUGAAACUUUAGCUCUAAGCCACAACCCCCUCCUGGCUUCUCUGUCCCCAGCAGCAUUCGCCUCAUUGCUCAACCUCCGACACGUGGACCUUACAGCUUGUGGGUUGCUCUACCUCACACCUACGCAGAUACCGGUAAAUCAGCUGGAGAGUCUACGCGUCUCGGGGAACCCUCUGCACUGCAAUUGCUCCAUGUUGUGGCUGGCUCGCCUCACCUCAGAAGCCAACUCCUCGUCCAUCACCAUCGACCAGCCGACAUGCGCUAGUCCACCUACACUUUAUGGUGUGUCCUUACGUGAGCUAGGCGAGGGGGGCGUGGGCUGUGAUGGCGCCCUCAGCCUCUGGACGAUCCUGAUCUGCCUCGGGGUGACAGCCGUCGGCUUCCUGGCCAUCGCCGCCUUCCUCCUGUGGCGCUGGAGGAGGAACAGGAGGAGGAGGAAGAAGAGGGAGACGAAGAAGCGCAACGGAGGGCAAGACAAGACGCUCGGAAUGUGGAGCGACGUCUGGAGACCCGAGAACCACCUGACGACGACUCACUUGCCCCACCCGCCGCCUCCACCACCGCCUCCCAACGGGGACGCCGGAGGGCAUUACCUUCGCACCCCUCCGAGGAUGCCCCCGGACCAUCCCCUACACCACCUGACGCAUCACCACCACCAGGGCUGCCUGCAGCAGUGUCCCUACGCGGCCCUCCAUCCGGUGUACCACCCGCUCCUGCUCCACCCGGACCACAACAACUCGACGAGCACCUCCCUCGAGACGCCGCCCGCCGCACUCUACAGCAACUACGCCCAGACCCACUCCAACACCCACAGCCCCAAGCUCAACUGCAGGGGCGGCGGCGGCACGGCGACGCCCAUCUCCGUCAACGAUACAACACCCAAUUGGUACGAGACGAUACGGGGCGGGGAUGAGGGUGUGGGCGGCGGCGUGGGCGUGCUCGAGAACGGCAGGGAGGGCAGCAGGUCGGUGACGCCCCUGGACAUUUACAACAACAGCCCCAGGAAGGUUCCCGUCACGUACGUGUGAGUGAGGAGAAGCCGGGCUGACUGGUGAAAGUGGUUUCGUUAUGCAGUUCUAAAAAAAAAAAAACAAUGUGGACUUCCCUGUGAAGAUAUUGCAAUAUACACACGGACUGUUCAUAAUAAAAAAUGGACGAAUUUGAAAAAAAAAAUAUAAAAAAAAAAAAAAACAUUUUAUAAGACAGUUAUAUUAAUAAUAUUUUUUUUUUGUGCACAAGAUGUUUUCGAUUUUGGACGGCCCUUUACCCUAGCCCCCCACCCCUACAAGGCCCUAUCAAAGGCUUCGUUAAGGCCACCCCAGUACACCUGCCAAUAAAAAAAAAACUACUGCGAUACUUAAGUUGGAGUUUUUACCCCAGUACACCUGCCAAAAGAAAAAAAAAUCACUUCUGCGAUAUUGGAGUUGGAGUUUUAGCUUUUAUCCAGAAUCGACUUAACAUAUCAACCUUGACAACUUAUGAAAGUGAGUGGACAGGUUUUUCUUUUUUUUUUUUAAUGCUACGGUGUGCCACUGUCUACAGCUUUGACCUGACGGGUGGCACCACUUUAGAAAAAUUCACUCGAUUACUUGAACUGCGCUUCAGCUUAUUUCGGUCAAUAUGUUGAUGGUUUACACAAUCUAUUGUUUCCAUACAUCGCCAACUCACACUAGACUUAUAAACAAAGUCACGGACACACAAGUAUUCACACACACAAAAGUAAACUUAUUUAUUAAUCUGAAUCCGUUUUUGAUAGACUUCACCAACUCACACAAAAACAUGCAUAAACAAAGCAAACUUAUUUACUAAACAAUAUUUGGAUCCCUUAUUGGUAGAUACCAACCCACACAAAGCAAUAAACAACGUGAUAGUCACGCAAGUAUACACAUAUUAAAAAUAAACUUAUUUAUAACCAAUAUCUAAAUCCCUUUUUGAUAGGUCACCAACUCACACAAAACUUAUAAACAAAGUGACGGAUACACAAGUAUUCACAUAUACAAAAAAGUAAACUUAUCAACUAACAUCUAAAUCCAUUUUUAAUAGGUCACCAGCUCACACAAAACAUAUAUAAACAAAGUUACACAAAAUAUUUCACGUACACAAACAAGUAAACUUUGUUUAUCAACAAAUCUCUGAAUCCCUUUUUGAUAGAUAUCACCAACGUACACAAUACUUACAAACAAAGUGAGAUCCACACAAAGUAAACUUGUUUACUAACAAAUCUCUGGCUUCUCCCAGUAACAAAUCUGUGGGCUUGGAUUAUAAUGAUUUAAUUAAUUAAUCAUUCUCUUGGGUCAUUCACUUUCCAUACCCAUUCCAUAAUCAGCUAACACUACUUUAACUCAGUUUUUUCUUUUAUUUUUUUCUCUUGUUUAUUAUAUAUAUUUGUGCUUUUGUUUUGUCUCAAAGCAUGGCUUCCAUAUCACUCCCGUAGUCCCAGAACGAAAGAAACAAAGAAAAAAAAAGUUUCACAUGCAGGGGAUGAUGGGAGCAUGGUAGUUUUUUUUGUGAUUUUUUUUUUAUUUAAUUUUUUUUUCUCGAAUGGUAAUCAUGUUUUCUCGUUAAUGGGACAAGUUAAGUUACACGGCAGACAGUUUCUCUCUCUCUCUCUCUCUCUCUCUCUCUCUCUCUCUCUCUCUCUCUUACUAUAUUCAAAGUUGUAUUUAUAUUUUUUAUUCAAAGUUGAAUUUCUCUCUCAUUUUAGUACAUUUUUCAAAGUUUUUUUUUUUUUUAAGUUUUUUUACAGUCAUUAUUCAAAGCUGAAUCUCUCUCUCUCUCUCUCUCUCUCUCUCUCUCUCUCUCUCUCUCUCUCUCUCUCUCGUCGUAUUAAUAAAAGUCGUAUUUAGCCUGAGAAUUUUACUAUACUUGUCCGACAAAACAAAAGACAUUUGUAUGCAGUACCGUUGAAGCUCGUAUGGUUUGUCAAGAAUAAAGAUUUUUUCACUAC